CGGAAGUAAAUCGGAGCGGAGGCGGUCUUCGGGGGACAUGUGAGUUUGUUUGGAUUCCCACGCUGCACCGAAGUGGUUCUGCCUGAUUCAUAGAACAAGGAGAACUAAUAACUGCCACCCACUCGCAGCGACGAUGGGCAAGAAGGGCAAGAAGGAGAAGAAGGUGAAGGGAGCGGAGAAGACCGCGGCCAAGAUGGAGAAGAAGGUGUCGAAGAGGUCGAAGCGAGAAGAGGAGGACUUGGAGGCUCUAAUCGCUGAGUUUCAGAAUCUGGACUCGAAGAAGACCCAGGUUGUGGAGACGACGUGUCCUCCCCCGUCACCGAGAUUGAGCGCGUCUCUCUCCCCCCACCCUGAGAAAGAUGAACUCAUCCUGUUUGGAGGAGAAUUUUUCAAUGGAAAGAAGACGUAUCUGUACAACGAGCUGUUUUUCUACAACAUCAAGAAGAACAGCUGGGUGAAGUCGGAGAUCCCCAACCCGCCUCCGCCUCGCUGCUCCCAUCAGGCGGUGGUGGUUCCCCAGGGUGGGGGCCAGCUCUGGGUGUUUGGGGGAGAGUUCGGCUCUCCAAACGGGGAGCAGUUCUACCACUACAAGGACCUCUGGGUGCUGCACCUGGCCACAGACACCUGGGAGAACAUCAAGGCGCCCGGGGGUCCGUCAGGUCGCAGCGGCCACCGGAUGGUCCUCAGCAAGAGACAGCUGCUGGUGUUUGGAGGUUUCCACGAGAGCACCAGGGAUUUCAUCUACUACAACGACGUCUACUCUUUCUCCCUGGACACCUUCUCCUGGUCGCGCCUCGCCACGUCAGGCUCCGCCCCCUCCCCGCGCUCGGCCUGUCAGAUGACCUCCACGCCCGACGGCACGGGUGUCGUCGUCUACGGCGGAUACUCUAAAGUGAGAGUGAAAAAGGACGUAGAGAAGGGGACCAUCCACUCGGACAUGUUCCUGCUGAAGCGAGACGGUAAAGAUGGCCAAGAGAAGUGGUCGUGGUCCCGGUUGAGCCCCUCGGGAAGUAAGCCUCCUCCCCGUUCCGGCUUCUCGCCGGCGGUGGGUCUGGCGGGCCGGGCGCUGCUGUUCGGUGGCGUUUGUGACGAGGAAGAGGAGGAGACGCUGGAGGGCGACUUCUACAACGACCUGUACCUGUACGAUGCCGUGAAGAACCGCUGGUUCCCCGGGCCUCUCCGGGGAAACAAGACUGAGAAGAAGAAGCGGCGAAGGGGGAAGAAGGAGGAGGGAGCGGAGGAGGGGGAGGGGGAAGGGGAGGAGGCGGCGGCGGCGGCGCCGCCACAAGGACCCACGGAGGUCAUCAAGGAGAUUGUUACCGAGGACGGGACUGUGAUGACCAUCAAGGAAGUGAUCCCUGGAUCCCAGGAGGAGGAGGAGGAAGAGGAGGAAGAGGAGGAGGAGGACGAUGCCUUGGCCUCCGCCAACCUGGUGGAGCCGUGCCCGAGGUCCAGCGCCAUGGCAACGGUGCGCCAGGGCAAGCUCUUCCUGUUCGGGGGGAUGUUCGAGGUCGGCGAUCGGCAGUUCACCCUGAACGACUUCUACUGCCUGGACCUCCACAAGAUGGACCAGUGGGAGACUCUGGUGGAAAUGGAUCCAAAGACGCAGGAGUGGCUGGAAGAGUCUGAGUCAGAGGACGAUGAGGAGGAGGAGGAGGAGGAGGAGAAGGCGGCGGCGACGAAAGGAGCAGAAGGGGAGGAAGAGGAGGAGUCUGAAGAGGAAAGCGAGGAUGACGAAGCAGAAGAAGAAGAAGAAGAAAAGCAUCCAGCGGUGCAGGAGGGGGAGACGGUGACAGAUUACCAGAGCCGCACCGAGCAGUACUGGAUUGGACUGGCACGGGCCAACAUGGGCGCCGACGCAAAGGACAAAAAGGUUGCAAAGGUCGCUGUCUCCAUGGCGAAAAUCUUCUAUGAAGACCAGUAGUGGAAAAUAUGCCAAACUAUUCUGAGUGAGUGAGUGAGUGAGUGAGUGAGUGAGUGAGUGAGUGAGUGAGUGAGUGAGUGAGUGAGUGAGUGAGUGAGCGAGCGAGCGAGUAAAAUAUCUUUAUGUAAUUUCACCACAAAUAAUUCAGUAAAACAUGUUAAAUU